GGAAAAUAUAAGAGACGCCAGACCCGACAUAAGAAACACAGAUUACAGAGCUGAAUCCCAAUUACAUCCCCAUUUCCAACCAAUUUUUAAAUUAUAUACAUUCUAUCCCAAGCAUCCGUGACACCAUGUCAGCACCACACAUCGACAGAAUCGUCCUCUUCAAAAUCCCCCCUCAACACAUCGACACCGUCAUCCAAGCAUACACCACAAUGCGCAACACUGCCCGGAAAUCUGAUAAACCAUAUAUCAUCCGCGCCUUUGCAUGCCGUCUGCACACCAACACCCCCAGCCACGGCUUCACAGUCGCUGCACAAACGCGAUUCGCGAAUGCGGAGGACGUGAUGUAUUACAACGAGCAGUGUGAGGCGCACGCGAAGUUGAAGGGCAUAGUGGCGCCGCUGAUAGAUGCGCCGAGCUUGGCGGAUGGGAUGUUGGUUGUUGCGGCGGAUGGGAAUGCGGAGAGUGAAGGUGUUGUGUGAGAGGAAACUUGCUGCUUCUUGGUGUUCUGUGGGUUUGUACAUUCAAUCUGGUCGUGAGGAGGACUCAAGUCCAGUGUGUUGGUGUUUAGUGGAUUCUUAGAGGGGGCUCAGGAGCGGCGCCAUGUCAGUGUUACAGAAUUGGGAAAGUAUAUAUGGUGGAUGGUACAGGAUUCAUUCAAGAUGACCUGCAAGACUUCUGGAAACUUGGACCGCCAUGUAUACUUCAGAUCAAGAAGAUGAUUGGGCCACGGAAUACAUCUCACACUUUCUUCAGUAUCGUUACGAGAUAGAUGUAUAAUGGGACUUUUGUGUAGCAACGAGGGAUAAUUAGAUCUAUAUAUUGAGAAACACUGUAUUCAAGACC